GCCGCCCACAACAACAACACCCUCCUUUUUAUACCCGCAUACGAUUCCCAAAAGCCCAUCAUGGCGACGUCUAAAGUUUUUAGCUUGGAAGGAAAAGGUCUGAAGCUGACCACGGCCGAGGACAUUGAGCCUCACAUCCAGCCACUAAAAGAUAAUGCCGACGUGGAGGAGGUUAUUUUCGUUGGCAAUACUCUGGGCGUGGAGGCGUCCGAGGCUCUCGCCAAGGUGUUGGAGACCAAGAAGAACCUCAAGGUUGCCAACUUUGCAGACAUUUUUACUUCACGUCUGCUCUCCGAGAUUCCUCAGGCUCUGUCUAGCAUCCUCACCGCGCUGCUCAACAUUCCUAACCUCCACACCAUCAACCUUUCCGAUAACGCUUUCGGCCUGAAUACCCAAGCACCUCUCGUGGCUUUUAUUUCUGCGCACGUCCCCCUCCAACACCUCAUACUGAACAACAAUGGCCUCGGCCCCGCCGCCGGUGUCCUCGUUGCCGAUGCGCUUUCCACCCUCGCCGACAAGAAGGCCGAGGCGCGUCAGGCCGACGCCAGCGCUACGAUACCCGACCUGGAGACGGUCAUCUGCGGACGCAACCGGCUGGAAAAUGGCUCGAUGGAGGCAUGGGCAAAGGCAUACAGCAAGCACGACAAGAUCCGCCUGAUCAAGAUGGUGCAGAACGGUAUUCGGCAGGAGGGCAUUACGCACCUGCUGAAGCACGGGCUGCGGACGGCGGAGCAACUGCGCGUGCUCGACCUGCAGGACAACACAUUCACGGCAAUGGGUGCGCGCGCGCUGGCAGACGUCGUGGGCGGGUGGGCGUACCUGCGCGAGCUGGGCGUCGGCGACUGCCUGCUCAGCAAGAAGGGCGGCGUGCUGCUGGGCAAGGCACUGGCACGCGGCGGUAACAAGGAGCUGGAGAUCCUGCGCCUGCAAUACAAUGAAAUUGACGCCAAGGGCCUUGAAAGCUUGGCUAAUGCGACUGUUGACGCGCUGCCCAAGCUGCGCCGCUUCGAAAUCAACGGCAACCGCUUCUCCGAAGACGAUGAGAGCAUCGAGAAGCUGCGCGAGGCAUUUGAUGAGCGCAAGGAGGCUGCGGACCCGGAGUUUGUCGAUGCUCUGCCUGAAAACGAGGAGUGGGGUCUCGAUGAGUUGGAUGAGUUGGAUGAUGAGAGCGACGAGGAAGAGGGUGAGGAUGAGGACGAGGAUGAGGAGGGUGUCGACGCCGAUGAUCAGGCUGAGCGCGUGGUAAAACGCGCAGAAGAGGCCGAACAGGCGGCAGUGGCGCAGGAAAAGGACAAGAGCGUUGACGCGCUGGCGGAUAUGCUGGACAAGACGGCUCUGUAAUGUGUCACGACAACGAACGGCGAUAGCUGCAAUAUGUCAGAUGCGCAUUACAGAUGCAGCAUGUCGUCAACCCCUGGGGAUGUUGACAGCUGAUCAUCUACAGCCAGCUCCAGCGCUGCAAGCCCUUCAUCGACGAAAACAGGAUCUGCAAACGUAUGCAUCCCUAAUGCAAGGAAAGGUAAACGACGCAGUGCUCUUCCACUCAUGCCCUAAGCACGUAAUCAGCGUCGGGUCGAUUUAGGCAGAAAGCUUUUCGAAAGACACACCUGACAUCUCUGCGCAAUAUGCCACAGUCUUCUUCCAGGACUGUUUGGAUGAUUGUUCAGAUGGAGUCUCAUUUCAGCAAAAGUAGGAAUAAAUGCCAGACUAACUGGCUCUUCGAGAGUGUGAAUAGGUGUUGAGUCGACACGCUCACCCUCCAAGGUUAGACAGUCCAAUGUCAUAUUGUCUGGGGUAGUGUUGUC